AUGAAAGCUGAGAGUUCGAGAGUCUCCAAGAGAUGUCUGUCCCCAGAAACACUUGAGCUGAUACACCAGCGUGGAAUCGCACGAGCUGCAGGCAACCGCGAAUUAACGUCCGAACUUGCAAAACAAUGCAGAGAGGCGAUAAAAGAAGAUCUUAAAGAGAGAAGAGCAGCAGUAAUGGUCGAAGCUGCAGAGGCUGAGAAAAGCAUUCGCAACGCCCACGGAAGUUUCACCAAUUACAAGACCAAGAUGAUUGCACUCCGACGCCCAGACGGAACAGUUACAGUGUCCAGAAAGGCAAUGGAGAAAAUCAUUCACAAGUACUACUCGGAUCUCUUCGAUAGCCACGUCCACCUUCCGUCAUAUUAA